AGUCGCGGAUUCGGCACGCCGUGGUUUACCGAACGUAAUAUGGCGUACAAGUUUCGCGAGGAGAUCGUGGGAAAGAGGUUUCUCUCGGUGAGUGGUUUCACCAAGCUGAAGGUGAAUAAAAUUAGUGAGUGGGGUUGGCGUGCGGGGGUGAUACGUGCUGCCAGUCACAGGGAUAACGGCUGUCAUGACCUUCAGAUCCUCGUAGAGUACGACGACGUGGAAUGGCAAAGGAGGGAGUGGCUAUCACCACAUAGGGAUGCCGUAUUUUCCUUCUUUCUCAUUGAAAGAGGUCUCUACUGGGCUGAACGACCUGACCCCAGGCACGCCAGUCUCAUCCCCAUCGAUCAUCAUAAUCACGCGAACAAUAACCACCAUCAGCACCGCAUUAACGGGAAACCGCUCAGAGGCGCCACGGCGGUCGCCGACACCGUUGCUUGGCCAGCUCUUACUUUUUAUCCUCUCGUGGCACGCGCCGAGUUGCACGAGGACGCCAUGCCGAUCGAAUUUAUGCAAGAUCGCAAACUGGACUUCGUCGACUACUCCAAGCUGAAGCCAUUCACUCAGGACUGGGAGCUGACUAAGGGCGCAAUGCCCUGGGGAAACGCCGUUAGAAGAUGGGCGGAGAUGCAGGACGGUCAGAGGAUUCUGUUGACUACGCCCAGCGUUCUGGUCGGUUUCAGGGUCGAAGUUUAUCGGGCGGAAGGCACUACACAAUGGUACACAGCCGUGAUCGUCGGUUACAACGAGUCCACUAAGGAUCUGACUGUUACCGACGAUACGGUCCUCGAAGAUCACAACGAGGAUCCCACAUUAGUACAAAUGCGGCUGAUUGGCGAUGGAGUCGUCGAGAGCAUCAUGAGGGGCGAGGUCGUCGGCAUGACACCAAGGAGGUCGAGGUCAUCGACUGCUCUGACGCACGCGCUCGUUGUGCCACGACCCGGAAGAAGGCCUCGAAGGCGACCUGGAAACGCAGCGCAGUUACAGACAACUCCGAGGGUACAAAGCCCGAUAUCGCAGCAGCUCGAAAAAGAGAAGAACAAUGCCCGUAACAAUCGACGCCGACGCGUGAGCGAAGGUGCCAGUCGCGAGAAAAACGAAAAAGAUUCGGCGGAAUCCACACGGCAACAAGAGGAUCGCGAAAAUAAAAGUCCGCCGUCUAGCAAGAUAAGCAAUCGUGUUGCGCGGCCGGUGUUAGAAGAAGCAAACAGUGCAUCGGGAAGUGCUUCGAAACUACGAAGACGUGGCGCCGCGGUAAAGAGUCCGACCACCGACCAGGGGCCGGCACAGCAUCAGAGACCGGCACGAAGAAGACCGAGGCCAGGAGGUGGCCAAGAAGUCAAGACAGACGCAGAGGGAGAGUCUGUCGAGCAUCAUCAUCGUACCGGAGCGAGAGCCGACAAGGACGAACGCCUCGGUAUGAAGAGACUCAGAUCGGAGAGUAGUAAGAGCAAAAACACCGAGGAAGCUGCAGCGGAUCGGACUAGAGGAUCGGUGGUGGAAGCAGAGGGAGAGGACGAGGAGGAAGACGACGACGAGGACGACGUUGAGGAGGAAGCGGGGGCGGAAAAACACGACGGGGCUGAACGAGAGGUCGGUAAACUUGAAGAGGACGAGGAGAGUCAGUCCAGGGAGAGGGAUAGAGAACCCGAGCCACCACCUCCGGACAAAGUCGAUCCCGGAGGCGAUCCGGCUUCCAAGGAGGAGCAACAACCAGAUAACAAAUCAGAAUCAAGAAAGGGCGCUCGCGCGACCGAUUGGGACGCAGAUAAGGUCGGCGAGAAUAAGGAACAACAACGACAGCAACAGCAACAGCAACAGCAACAGCAACAGCCACCGCAGUUACUCGUGAAUGGAUUGCAUGUCGAUUCGCCGCUGGUCAGCGAUAAGACGAAUGCCAUCCGCGAGGGCAGUCCGUCUGUGCUGAAGUCGACUCGAUCAAAGACAAAAGGUUUUGCGGAAGAAAUCAGAGAGGACGUAGCGGCGGCGGCGGCGGCGGCAGAGGACGAUCGCGACGAAAACGCCAGUGAAGAAGAGGUAAGCUCGCAGCGAUCACGACGCACAGAGCUGACUACCACCGAGUUAGGCACGGAGGAUAGCGUGGGUAGCGUCGGCGGCGUUAGGGCGGCCAGCGUCGAAUCGGUCGUCGAGCUGCUGGAGUCGAGCAGUCAGGACUCAGGCUCCGUGCUGGAGAGGCUGAGUCCGUUUAGUAGCAGCGGCGGCGGCGGCCCCGGCAGGCAGAGCAGCCUGCUCCUGGAACAGCAGCGGGAGCAGGAGCGCAAUCGGCACAACGAGAGCCCGAUCAUCCUUGCCGAGAGACUGAACAAGCCGCCACCGCCGAUCGCCGGUCAUCAUCAUCAUCCUCAUAUACAAUCUUACCAUCAGCCACCAUCGCAUCAUCAGCAACAACAGUUCCAUCAUCAUCAUCAACAGCAUCACCAGCAGCGUUAUUCUGCCAAUAGUCCGGUGAUCCAUCACCAUCACCAGCAGCAACAGCAACAGCAGCAUUAG